CUCUCCCACCCUUCCCUCCUCUCCUCUCCUCUACUGCGGUCCAUUGCCUACAGGCAGAGUUCAAGUUCAGUCCCAGCUUUUGCUCUGGAUUUAGAAAAAAGGAGAAAGGGUGGGAGAAUUGGAGGGAGCCGGCUGGUCGGGCGAGGCCGAGGGGAGGCGGAGAGAGGUGGCCUCUGAUUGGUUGGGGAGGGGGAGUGGAGGCACGGAGUUUCCCACAAUGCCCCGGUGCAGUGCAGCCGCGGAUGGAUGCUGCGGGAAGGGGCUGCCAUUUGCUGCCCCUGCCAGCGGCGCGCGGACCUGCCCGCGCUCCCGCCGCCUCCAGCGCCCUCAGCCCGGCCGGCCUCUGCAGCGGCACCGCCUCGGCUUCUUCCGCGGCCGCCGGAGCGGUCGCCAUGAACCCCAGCUCCUCGGCGGGAGAGGAGAGAGGGGCGACGGGCGGCAGCAGCAGCAGCGGAAGCGGCGCCGGGAGCUGCUGCCUGGGCGCCGAGGGCGGCGCGGACCCGCGGGGUGCAGGGGCAGCGGCGGCUGCUGCCUUGGAGGAGCCCGCGGCCGCGGGACAGAAAGAGAAGGAAGAGGCGCUGGAGGAGAAGCUGAGGGACUUAACUUUCCGGAAGCAGGUCUCUUACAGGAAAGCCAUCUCCCGGACAGGCCUCCAGCAUCUGGCUCCUGCACAUCCUCUCGGUCUUCCUGUGGCAAAUGGUCCAGCGAAGGAGCCCAGAGCGACUCUGGACUGGAGCGAGAAUGCUGUGAAUGGGGAGCACCUAUGGCUGGAGACCAACGUCUCGGGUGACCUCUGCUACCUGGGGGAGGAGAACUGCCAAGUCCGAUUUGCAAAAUCCGCUCUCAGGAGGAAGUGUGCAGUCUGCAAAAUCGUGGUUCACACAGCCUGCAUUGAGCAACUAGAGAAGAUUAAUUUCAGAUGUAAACCAACAUUUCGGGAAGGAGGCUCCAGAUCACCAAGAGAAAACUUUGUGCGUCAUCACUGGGUCCACAGGAGGCGGCAGGAGGGAAAAUGUAAGCAGUGUGGUAAGGGCUUCCAGCAAAAGUUCUCCUUCCACAGUAAAGAGAUUGUGGCCAUCAGCUGUUCUUGGUGCAAGCAGGCGUUUCACAAUAAAGUGACCUGCUUCAUGCUGCAUCAUAUCGAGGAACCCUGCUCCCUGGGGGCUCAUGCUGCUGUUAUUGUCCCGCCCACCUGGAUCAUUAAGGUGAAGAAACCUCAGAACUCCCUGAAGGCUUCCAAUCGAAAGAAGAAAAGAACAAGUUUUAAAAGGAAAGCCAGUAAAAGAGGAACUGAGCAGGAAAACAAAGGCCGUCCUUUUGUGAUCAAGCCCAUCUCCUCUCCUCUCAUGAAGCCUUUGCUUGUCUUUGUGAACCCAAAGAGUGGGGGAAACCAGGGUACCAAAGUCCUACAGAUGUUUAUGUGGUACCUGAAUCCACGGCAAGUCUUUGAUCUUUCUCAGGAAGGGCCAAAAGAUGCGCUGGAGUUGUACAGGAAGGUACCAAAUCUUCGAAUUCUGGCCUGCGGUGGGGAUGGAACGGUGGGCUGGAUCCUCUCCAUCCUGGACGAGCUGCAGCUGAGCCCACAGCCUCCUGUGGGGGUGCUUCCACUGGGGACUGGGAAUGACCUGGCUCGGACGCUCAACUGGGGCGGGGGUUACACUGAUGAGCCUGUUUCUAAGAUCCUGUGCCAGGUGGAAGAUGGGACCAUUGUACAGUUGGAUCGCUGGAACCUCCAUGUGGAGAGAAACCCAGACUUGCCACCGGAAGAACUUGAAGAUGGCGUGUGUAAGCUUCCUCUGAAUGUCUUCAAUAAUUACUUCAGCCUUGGAUUUGAUGCUCACGUCACUUUGGAGUUCCACGAAUCCCGAGAAGCAAAUCCAGAGAAAUUCAAUAGUCGUUUCCGAAAUAAAAUGUUCUAUGCAGGGGCAGCCUUUUCUGAUUUCCUACAAAGAAGUUCUAGAGAUCUAUCUAAACACGUCAAAGUUGUCUGUGAUGGGACAGACCUCACCCCAAAGAUCCAGGACCUGAAGUUCCAGUGUAUAGUCUUUUUAAAUAUUCCCAGAUAUUGUGCUGGCACAAUGCCCUGGGGAAACCCCGGAGAUCAUCAUGACUUUGAGCCUCAGCGUCAUGACGACGGCUACAUUGAAGUCAUUGGAUUCACUAUGGCCUCUUUGGCUGCCCUGCAAGUCGGGGGCCACGGAGAAAGGCUGCACCAGUGUCGGGAAGUCAUGCUUCUGACUUACAAGUCCAUCCCCAUGCAAGUGGAUGGGGAGCCGUGUAGGUUGGCACCUGCUAUGAUUCGGAUCUCCUUGAGGAAUCAGGCCAACAUGGUACAGAAGAGCAAGCGGAGAACUUCAAUGCCUUUGCUCAAUGAUCCCCAGUCUGUCCCAGAUCGCCUGAGGAUCCGCGUGAACAAAAUCAGUUUACAAGACUAUGAAGGACUCCACUAUGACAAAGAGAAACUCCGGGAAGCUUCCAUCCCUCUGGGUAUUCUAGUUGUUCGUGGAGACUGUGAUUUGGAGACUUGCCGUAUGUACAUAGACCGCCUACAGGAGGACUUGCAGUCAGUUUCUUCUGGGUCACAGAGAGUUCAUUACCAGGACCAAGAAACCUCCUUCCCCAGGGCGCUCUCAGCUCAGAGGCUGUCCCCGCGGUGGUGCUUCCUAGAUGCAACUUCUGCUGACCGCUUUUAUCGAAUAGACAGAUCUCAGGAACAUUUGCACUUUGUGAUGGAGAUUUCUCACGAUGAGAUUUUUAUUCUGGACCCAGAUAUGGCAAUGUCACAGCAGGCAGGGACACCUCCAGGAAUGCCUGACCUGGUGGUUGAGCAGGCUUCUGGGCUGUCUGACUGGUGGAACCCGGCCCUGAGGAAACGUAUGCUGAGUGACAGUGGGAUGAUCACACCCCACUAUGAGGACUCAGAUCUGAAAGACUUCAGCCACUCCAGAGUGCUACAGUCACCAGUCUCAUCAGAAGAUCAUGCAAUUUUGCAGGCAGUCCUCACUGGUGACCUUAUGAAGCUCAUGGAAAGCUAUAAGAAUGGAGGCAGCUUACUAAUUCAGGGACCAGGGCACUGUUCACUACUUCACUACGCAGCUAAGACCGGCAAUGGGGAGAUUGUGAAGUAUAUCCUUGAUCAUGGACCUGCAGAAUUACUGGAUAUGGCAGACAGUGAAACGGGCGAGACUGCACUGCACAAGGCUGCCUGCCAAAGGAACCGGGCUGUAUGCCAGCUUCUGGUGGACGCAGGAGCAUCUCUGAGACAGACAGACUCCAAGGGAAAGACACCCCAAGAACGAGCACAGCAGGCUGGAGACCCGGAUUUGGCUGCUUACCUAGAAAGCCGACAGAACUAUAAGAUCAUUGGCCAUGAGGACUUGGAGACGGCCGUUUGACCCUGGUAGACAGGCAAGAAGAGCUUGAGCAAGCGUAUCACCUACGCCCUCCCAGCCACUGGGCAGCUCCCCUGGAAGAAGUUAAUGGAAUCCAUAUCUGCCUCUCUCCUGCAAGGAUCUAUCUGAGAAUAUGCUACCAGGUUUUAAGGGCUACAGGGAUGUACGACAGGACAUGAUAGCCCAUUGAGAAGGAGGCAGGCUACUGGAGAUUUGUGGAGUACGCGUUCCACAAAAUUUGAUCCUUAUUGCUUCCAGCAAGUAGCAUGAACUUCUGUGUUCACCCAUCUAAUUUAUUUUAAAGAUUCUGAGGAUUUUCACAUCAAUGACACUGCUCCCUCCUUCCUCUAGGCAUUCAUCCUUCCCCUGUACCUCAUAAUUCUACUGUAAUCACCCAUCGAUUUAGAAAAUAUGCUUUCGUCUCUUUAUUUUCAGUCUUCCAACCACAACAUUGUCUAAAGGUCUUUGAAACCCUCCCGGAUGUCUUACAGAAAUAUAUCUAUAAAACCACUUCCA